AGUUAAUGUAAAACAUCCUCCCAUAAAGUAGAGUUAGUAUAAAACAAAAGUAAUUCAAAAUUAUAGAUUAUUUAGUAAUUUUCUAAAUUCAACAAGUAUCGUGACAUUCAUUUUUAAUAAAAUACACAAGCACUUAGGAGCAUUAUUAUGGUCACACUCAGAGCUACUUGCAUCACAUCCUCCAAAUUCCAACCUAUAUAAUUUCUCUCUCUACCUAUCUUUCUCCUUUAAUGUAAUUGCGUUUCUCACUUCCCUUUCCCCAAAACCAAAAAAAUAAAAUGGAGGGGGUAUCAACUAGGGUAUACAGUGGAUUAAAGAGUUAUUGGAGAAGAAGAGGUUAUAAAAAACUAAACAGGAAGAACAACAACCGGGUCGAACUUUCAUCAUCAGGUCCGACCCGAAAGAGAAGGUUCUGGAAGGUAAAGCUUACACCAAAACUGAAGGUAAAGAUCAAUUUAAAGCUCUUCUCGUUGAAGAAGUUUCUGAGAGGUCUACGUGAUGCGUAUGUGAACGCGAUGUUGAGGAUCGCGAAUACCCGUGGAUUCGGUGGCGAUUACUACGGUGGAGGGAUCGAUGGAUUUGGAAUGCGGCCGGUGAUUAAAGAGUAUGAUGAGAAAGCGUUGGUUGAGAUCUACAAAUCUAUAUUAAAGGCACGUGAUGCUGCUGCUGCUGCUACUACUGCAAAAAUUGGACCUGAGGUUGAUAAAGCACAGCUCGAGCUGGGUGCAGCGAAGCUCCCCACGGUGUCCGAAGAACAAGUGAACUAAUUUAAAUGGUAAUUGAUUAAAGCUUCAGCUAUGCUAUUCGCGGUGUUCGGGAAUUGAUUAAUGUUGUUUAGAUAUGAGAUUUGAUAGUAAUAUAUUCGGUAUUCGUCUUGCUGUUGAGGUUUUGUUGGUUGAUUUUUGAAAAUGAUGGUAAAUCAGGCGAACCGGAAAAUGUGUUGAAGAAAUCUAGAGUAAUUGUCCUAAUUCCAAAAUUAUUCUUUCGGUUA